GCACCGGCUCGCUAUCGCGUCCCCACCCUUCCGCGCUUGCGCAGUAUUGCUCUCGGAGGGCCACGUCUGUUUAGGGAGAACGGUCCAUCCGAAGGAGAGAGCCGCCACUAAAGGCUUUUCAAGCGGGAGGUUCAACCGGCUGAGGCCUAGGGUUGGGCCUGACGACUGCCCUUUGCGUAGGAGGGACUGUGCCACCUUCACAGUCCCGUGGGAGGGGACAGGAUCGGUACGGGGACCAUGGCGGUGGCCGCCAGGAACCUGCGGGUGAGCGACAUCCAGGACCCCGGCUCCCUGUUUGAGCGCUACGGCACCGAGGAGAUCCGGCAGGUGGAGCGGAGGGUCCGCGCUGAGAUCGAGCACAAGAAGGAGGAGCUGCGCCAGAUGGUGGGCGAGAGGUACCGCGACCUGAUCGAGGCGGCCGACACCAUCACCGACAUGAGGCUGUGCUCCGAGAAGGUGGUCACCUCGGUGCGGGACAUGUAUGAGUACUGCACCCGCAUCAAACCAUCCGGGCCCGGCAGAGUGGCUGCUGUCCCCGCCAAGCGUAACAAGGCUCAGCAACAAUCCCAGGAGAAAUUCUACAGUAUGGCAGCACAGAUCAAGCUACUUCUGAAUAUGCCAGAGAAAAUUUGGAGUGCCUUAGAAUCAUCCCAGUAUCUCCAAGCUACUCAAAUGUAUCUGCUGUGCUGCCACAUUCAUAGUAUCCUUCAGUUGGACUCUUCGGGUUCCUAUUACACUCCUGUCCUGGCCCGUUUUCCCAUCCUUGUUCGACAAGUAGCAGCAGCAGGUCAUUUCAGAGCAUCCAUUUUACAAGAGAGUAAAACACUGCUGAAGGGACGAGCAAUAUCAGAUCAAGCUAUUGCAGAAGCUCUAUGUGCCAUAAUGCUCCUGGAAGAUAGUUCACCACGCCAAGCUCUCGCUGAUUUCCUUUUAGCUAGGAAAUCAGCAAUUCAGCAGUUACUUAACCAACCGCACCAUGGUGCUGGCAUUAAGGCACAGGUAUGCUCACUGGUUGAGCUGUUAGCUGCCACAUUGUAUCAGGCUCAAGCUGUGUUUUAUACAUCGACUGAAGGAAAAGUGCCAGAUACCAAACUGACUUGUGGCCUUCUCUUCACUACUUUGGCAUCCAUCACAAGUGAGUCUCCAGCAGAUAAAGGAAUCACAGUGUUAAAAGAGGAGAUGAAAUCUGAGUCCUGGUUCAAGUACUUGCCACCAUCUAUUGUGGAUUUUCAGCCUUCACUGCGAACUCUUGCUCAUCCAAUAAAUCAUGACUACCUGAGAGACACUCUUCAGCAAUGGAUCAACAUGUGUAAGGAUGAUAUAAAGAUUGGAAUUGGGAACCUGCUGAUCUAUGUGAAAAGUCUGAAGGGUCUUGCUGGAAUUCGAGAUGCAGUGUGGGAACUCCUAACUAGUGAAUCAAUAAGUCAGAAUUGGGAAACUCUGUGCAGCCGACUAUUAGAGAAACCUUUCUCGUUCUGGGAGGACUUCCUUCAGCAGCUCUUCCUUGACAGGUUACAGGCAUUGACAAAAGAAGGUCUGGAUUCCAUCUCGAACAGUUCCAAGCAGCUGUUAGUUUCAGCUCUGCAGGAUCUUCAUGUUAAGAACUUCGAUGUUCUUCUGAAUAAAGCUGUUGAGUUUGAGUACAAUGUUGCUGCAUUUCUUUGGUCAGAGAGCAGUAAUGACCUUUUAUCAGACACUGCCUGGGUCAGCAUUGCAAAUCGUAGCCAGUUUGUAAAGAGUGGACUCUCCAUGAAGGCCCAAGCUCUCACACUUUGCAUUCAAAGUUUCUGUUCUGCACUUGACUCCAAAUUAAAAGUUAAAUUGGAUGAUUUAGUCAUGUACCUUCCGCCAGAUUCUUCUACUGUUAAGGACAAUUCAAAUGACCACUCAUCCUUGCAGCUACAGAAUUCCGCAUUUGAUAGGUACGCUGAUACAGCUAAGGUUGAAGAAAUGCUACGGACACAUUGCCUUUCUUGUGUACAAUAUAUCCUGGACUGUGUGAAAGUGGAGCUUAAAACUGCAGAAGAAGGAUUGCAAAAUUGCGUAUACUCUCCGAAGGAUUGCAAUCUCAAUGCUGUUCUUUUCAUGGCACGGUUAUGUCAAUCCAUAGGAGAACUCUGCCCUCACCUAAAGCAGUGUAUUUGGGGUAGGUCGAGUAGUAAUGAUCAGCUUGUACGUGAACCCCGUCCAGUCAAGAAGCUGGGCAAGGGGAAGGCACAAGAAGUGAAACCAGCACAGGCCAAGUGGCAGGAAGUAAAGGAUCAGCUGUUGCAACAGAGCACUAGUGCUUACAGGAUUUGGAAUGUUACCAUAUCAAAGGCUCUUGUUUACCAUUUCACUCGAACGUUGCUCUCUCAUACAGCUGGAGCCAUUUUAUCUACAGCCACCAACUGGGAUGAAAUUGAAAUUCAGGAGGAAACAGAAGCUGGAAAUAGUGUUACAUCCAAAAUUCGUCUUCCUGUACAGCCGUCUUGGUAUGUACAGUCGCUGCUCUUUCAGUUAUGCCAAGAAGUAAACCGGGUUGGAGGUCACGCUCUUCCUAAGGUUACGCUUCAGGAGUUGCUGAAGACUUGUUUGGAUGAGGUGCUUACUGGUUAUGAAACAUUGUGUUCUGCAAAGUUAGAUAAGGGUGAUUCUGCAUUCCCUUUAACCCAGAAUAGAGCUCUGCAGUUGCUUUUUGAUCUUCGGUAUCUUGGUUCAAUUUUAACGGCCAGAAAUGAAGAGGUAAAAAGCAGUAGGAUCCAGCAGGACCCGAGGGUUCAGAAAGUAGCUGAUACAUUGGAAAGCUAUAUUGAUCCAUUUGAUUUGGAUGUUUUUACUCCACACCUUAACAACAAUCUGAACAAACUUUCGCAAAGAACCUCAGUGUUAUUUGGGUUAUUAACCGGCACAGAGAAACAAUACACCAGUAGAAGUGUACCAUUUAACUCACAAGAACCUCAUAACAUCUUACCACUGGCUUCCAGUCAGAUCAGAUUUGGUUUGUUACCACUUAGUAUGUCAAGUUCACGGAAGCCUAAAUCAUCUGUCCAGGGAAAUGAAGUUAAGAAUCAGAUUCUUCCCUUGUCUGUCAUAGAAGAUGCAAGUCAGGGACCUGGCUCCUUAUUCCGACAACUGGCAGCUUUUCAAGAUGAUGAUGUGUCGUCGUCGUCGUCUUCAUCAUCCCUCUUUAAACUAGGGUGGCUUUCGAGUAUGACAAAGUGAUGAUGCCAGUUAUUUAAACUAGAAGUAACAUGCAAAGUGUGAUGAUACAAAUUAAUAAAUAUGAAAUUUCAUCUACCAUCUAACGUAAAUUUUUUUUGUAUUUCACAAAUACUAAUGUAUUUCUAAUCAUGGGCAGCUGCUUUAACUUAUCAUCAGUUGCCAUUAUUGGGAGUUUUUUCUAGAAAACACAUCAGUAUAUGUUAACUUGGAUCUUCAUUGACAUGAAAUAUAGAUCAAUUCCUAAUGACAUUGAAUUGGUUAACCAGAUUGGUAAUAUGAGCAUGUCUCUGACGUAUAGGAGUAGCAUUUAAUGAAUGAAUUCUUCAGCUGUUCAUACAUGCAGCCAAUCUCCCUUUCAACAUGUAGUUUUUGUUAGCGCAUAUCCACCAAAUAGCAAACUUCCAUGUCAUUAGGAUUACGGAGUAUGUGGUCCUAUUUUGAUUGAAUCCUAACAAUACUUCUGAAUAUUUACAUCUUCCAUUAAUGGGGCAUAGCUGUAAAUAAAAUGGAGCUCAGGGCAAGAUUUCCUCUCUCUUCUUGUUGCAAAAUCUUGGAGACAUUUUUAAUGUUCCAGUUUAAGAUUUCAUUCCAAACUGAAACACGUUGUAAUUUUUCAUCAUUUGUAAAGAAGGCAAUCCGUGCUAAUAGUUUGCUGACUAGUUCCUUCAGCUGGUUCAAAGCAUUGUUUAUUUUGUUAUUGCUUGUAAAAAUGGAUUAUUGCUAUAUGAUUUUUACAUACAAUAGUGAGUUCAAAACAACAUUGUUAGUGGGGCAAAAGAUAAAAUACUCAAUCUCCCAAAUGAAGCUGCCAUACAAAUGCAGCAGUUAGUAGUUUCCCUGAUCCUUAUGUUUUACUGGAAUUUUAUUUUCCAUAUAUGUAAAUAUUUUAGUACUUCGGAUUAUCGUCCCUUUGUGAUAGACAGACAAAUGUUCCAGAUGAUAUUUUUAAGGACUUACUGUGAAAUUGUAACUGAAAUCCUCUUUGAAAAAUAACUUACUUUCAAUGGUACUAAAGCCUUUUUUGAUUGUGGCAUUAUGGUUUGACAUUGAAUUCUGUUGUAUUUUGAGAUACCAGCUUUGCAUCCGUCUUGAUGUAUGCUACUGAUGUUUAUUUUUAAGUCAUGUAACAUUGAGGAGUUUUGCUAAGUUUGAUUGUUGGCUAUUAUUAAAUAUAACUCAAGAUAUAA